AUCUGAUAUACAGCUCGGAUGUACCACGUACAUGCUAGGUUGGCACCCAAAUGAAUGAAAAAUGGAAGCAAUUGAUGUCCAAUCUAGAUUUUUUUUUUUUUUUUUGUGUGGAUAUUAUCCAUCCAUGGUGGUUCCCAUUGAAUCAAUGGUCUGGAUCAUCAAAAUGUGGGUCCUACCUGUACAAACACAUAUUAUUCACAAUUGCGAUGCAUUAGGACCAUACAAGUCAGGUGAUGCUAUUACGAAGAAAUGGAUUUUGUAAAGAGAAUAAGGGGUAAUAUAGUAAUUUUAAACAUAACGAGAACGGGAAAGUUUUCGCGGGAAAUGAGGAAGCGACGGUUGCAAUAUCAAUCACCCGUUUCCCGCAAAAACCUUAACGAACUUUCAAAUACAAGACCACAAGGAGCCCUUCAGAAACAUCCAUUCCAGAAAAGAGAGAAAAGGGAGAAGAACACAGCCUCUUUCUCUCUCUCUCUCUCUUCUCUGUCUGCCUUGGCUGGAUUACAAGGCAGGGAUUCAGAGAGACCUCAAUCUAAGCCAUCCAAACAUGUCGGCCUUCGAUUUCGGCCACCUAUCGGAGCGCCGAAGAGCCGAAAGGGAGGCAAAGAAGAGAAAGAGGAUCGCCAUUGGCCUUGGUAUAACGUUAACCAUCCUCAUUCUACUUGCCUCCGGCGCUUUUGCUGUUGCCCAGCAUUCAAAACAUGCCACCCAACCGCGUAAAACCACCACAUCCAAGGCCAAUGGAGCUAAUGCAGGGACUAAAGAAAUUGCCACAUCAUCAAAGGUAAUCAAGCUGUUGUGUAAUUCGACAGAUUAUAAGACAGAUUGCGAAUCUACGUUGAAAAAUGCUACUGGGUCUGACCCCAAAGAUCUUAUCAAGGCCUCAAUCAAGGCGGUUGCCGGCGAAGUGAAGAAGGGCUUUGCUAAAGCAUCUCAGCUCAAAACAGAUGAUCCUAAGGUGAAAGGAGCUAUUGCAGACUGCAAUGAGCUCCUUGAUCAUGCUAAGGAUGAGCUGGAAAGCACAAUUGCCAACAUCGACGGUGAAAAGAUGUCGUCGAAGUCUAAUGAUCUCAAGAACUGGAUGAGUGCCGUGAUGUCGUAUCAGCAGACGUGUAUUGAUGGGUUCCCAGAAGGGGAUCUCAAGUCCAAGAUGGAGGAUGGAAUGAAGAGCGCCAAGAAGAUGACGAGCAAUGCGCUGGCGAUCAUCAAUGAGGCGGCGUCGAUUCUAUCAACACUUGAGAUACCGGGAUUCACCCACCCCCGCCUACUGCAGGAGGAAUCGAGCAAUGGUGGCCUGCCUGAUUGGAUGUCCACCGAGGAUCGUAGGUUAUUGAAGGAGAAAGCUAAGCCCCCGCCGAAUGUCGUGGUGGCGAAAGAUGGAAAAUUCACCACCAUUAACGCUGCACUGAAAGCCAUGCCCAAGAAAUACACAGGAAGGUACGUGAUUUACGUGAAAGAGGGCAUUUACGAGGAGCAAGUGAUUAUUACGAAGGACAUGGUGAACGUGACCAUAUACGGCGACGGAUCAAGGAAGACCAUUGUCACCAGCAGCAAGAAUUUCGUUGAUGGUACCAGGACUUUCCAAACUGCUACUUUCGCGGCUAUAGGAGAUGGAUUCAUGGCCCAAGAUAUUGGAUUCAGAAACAGUGCUGGUGCAAUCAAACAUCAGGCCGUGGCCCUCAGAGUCCAAUCCGACCGUUCAGUCUUCUUGAACUGCCGGAUGGAGGGCUACCAAGAUACAUUGUAUGUACAAACACAUCGACAGUUCUACCGUAGCUGUGUUAUCGCUGGUACCAUUGAUUUCAUCUUCGGCGAUGCGGCUGCUGUUUUCCAAAACUGCCAGAUGGUCGUAAGGAAGCCGUUGGAUAAUCAACAGAACAUCGUGACCGCACAAGGCAGGGUAGAUAGGCACCAGUCUACUGGAAUCGUAAUCCAGAAAUGCAAGAUCCAACCAGAUAAGAAACUAAUCCCAGUCAUGAAAAAGAUCAAGAGCUACCUUGGACGACCUUGGAAGGAGUAUUCAAGGACCAUUGUCAUGGAAACGACGAUCGGUGAUCUGAUCCAUCCCGACGGUUGGUUACCAUGGGAAGGGGAUUUUGCCUUGAAGACACUAGAGUAUGGAGAAUAUAACAACGAUGGGCCCGGCGCAGCUGUCAGUGCUAGAGUAAAGUGGCCUGGCUAUAAGGUGAUUAACAAGCAACAGGCCUUGACAUUUACAGUGGAGAAAUUCAUUCAAGGUAGAGAAUGGAUUAAGGCCAUAAAUAGUGGAACUCCUGUUCGUUUGACGUUGUUUAAUUGAGGUGGGCCUUAUGCAUGGGGUGGGACUAAAAAAAAAAAACACAAGGGUUGGGAUUGGAAGAUAGAGGGUAAUGGGACAUGGGUUUCUCUCAAAUCGUUAGGUUUUGAUUGGAUUUGCAUGUUUGAGUGAAUCAUGUAGGCUCAUGUGCUCUUCUUUGUUCCCUUAAAAGAAAGAGAGUAAAAAAAGAAAAAAAGAAA